GAAAUGUACGUAUUUUCCAGCUUCCUGUUUACGGCCAUACUAAUAGCAUCUUUUAAGAAAUUUUGGCCGUUUUGCGACAAACUGUUAAAAUAAACAUUUUUUGCAAGACAUUUGAGUAGAAGUUUCUUAUUAAUUAAGAGUAAUACAUCAUGUCGGCCGAUGUGCGCGAUAUUCUGGACAUGGAGCGUGCCAACACGCCCGAGGUGACGAGGGAUUCCUUUCUGGCCACCAAGAAGCGCAACUUUGAGCGGACCAAGACUGCAUCCCGUCGUCCGGAGGGAAUGCAUAGGGAGGUGUUUGCCCUGCUCUACACAGACAAGAAAGACGCUCCGCCUCUCCUGCCCACGGAUACCGCUCUGGGGAUCGGAGCAGGCUAUAAGCAGACGAAGGCCCGCCUGGGAAUGAAGAAGGUGCGCAAGUGGGAGUGGGCGCCGUUCUCGAAUCCAGCGCGCAACGAUUCAGCGGUUUUUCACCACUGGAAACGGGUCACGGACAAUUCCACCGACUAUCCGUUCGCCAAGUUCAACAAGCAGCUGGAGGUGCCCUCGUACACGAUAACGGAGUACAAUGCCCACUUGCGGAACAAUAUCAACAACUGGAGCAAGGUGCAGACAGAUCACCUGUUCGACCUGGCUAGACGGUUCGAUCUUCGCUUCAUUGUGAUGGCAGAUCGCUGGAAUCGUCAGCAACAUGGAGCCAAAACGGUAGAGGAGCUCAAAGAACGCUACUAUGAGGUGAUAGCACUGCUCGCCAAAGCCAAGAAUCAGACGAGUGAGAAGAAAGUAUUUGUUUAUGACGCCGAACACGAACGGCGCCGCAAGGAGCAACUGGAGAAGCUGUUCAAACGUACGACACAACAGGUAGAGGAGGAGCAAAUGCUGAUCAACGAGAUGAAGAAGAUCGAGGCGCGUAAAAAGGAACGCGAGCGCAAGACACAGGACCUGCAAAAGCUCAUUUCACAAGCGGAUCAGCAGAAUGAGCACGCAUCGAAUACGCCAAGCACUCGAAAAUACGAGAAGAAGCUGCACAAAAAGAAGGUUCACCAGCAGCCGCGUCCCUCCAAGGUGGACUCGGUGGUGAACGCCAUAGAGAUCGGUAGCAGCGGCAUCAAGUUCGCCGACCUGCGUGGUUCCGGCGUUUCUCUGCGCUCGCAAAAGAUGAAGCUGCCGGCAAAUAUCGGCCAACGCAAGGUGAAAGCCCUCGAACAGGCCAUUCAGGAGUUUAAAGUUGAUCCCGCUCCGCCGCCCACGGAGGACAUUUGUACCUCCUUCAACGAGCUUCGUUCCGAUAUGGUAUUGCUCUGCGAGCUUCGCACCGCCCUGUCCACCUGCGUCUACGAAAUGGAGAGCCUCAAGCACCAAUACGAAGCCGCCUGUCCGGGCAAGACACUGAACAUACCGCCCUCACUGGUGCCCAUCAAGACCGAAGCCCUGGACAAUAGCACAAAUUAAUUAAGUUAACGCGGCCCGUUUCCACUCAGAUUCCCCAGACGCCGAAGUGUGUGCGGCGUGCUAAUCAUUGUAACCCGUUUUCCACUGUCCAUAUUUGUGCAUUUGCGCUACUCCCAGUCCGCAUGGGGAAAUAAAUGGAUAAACAAGAAAAUUGUUUUGCGGCACACUCAAUGUGAAAAUCAAAUAGCCCACGGCCAACGAUGGCCAAGCAGAUGCCAUGUCGAGUGUGAGAACUUUUUCCCCAGUGGUUGAUUUAUUUUCCAGCCAAGAAAUGCUCGCUUAGUGGCUCUUAUUUGGGUUAGGCCAGCAACAACACGGUAUGCGAUCUUUGGCGAGCCGAAAAAGAGAACCGAGCCAUGUUCAAUUCGACAAUGCCCGAUGCACGAUGCCUCAUGCCCGAUGCUCGAUUCCUGAUGACUGCCCACACAAUUCGGAUGUAGAUGCAGAGGCGGAGGCGGCAGUCCAUUCAUCGGACCAGUAUUUGUGAAUGAACCGACUGCGAAGGCAAACACAACACCCAGACGAACCAAAAAACGAGAAGCGGAGAGGAAAACGCAUAUGAAAUCAUUCUGUUGGCGGCUCGACCUGCCUUACCUGAGCGUAGGCCGCUCAGUCGAGUUUCAGACGUCGUCGGGACCAGUUCGUGGCUGUUGAUUGCUCCUACCGUUUUUGUGCUUGCCGCAUGCAACUCGAAGAGUACGGCUCUGUGAAAAUGCUAAUUUAACCAAAUACUCAAGUGGUCGUUGGUGACGUCGGUCGGUGGAAUUGGAUUGUCCGCCAAGCGCUACCUGUUCGUCUUCAUCAUCAUCGUCCCUAUCCCAGUCGCCUAAAACUCUGGGAAUCCUGCCGGGGGCAAGACAAAUAACGCAUCCGUUUCCGGUUCUUUCUGUUGAUUGUUACCUACAUAUACAUACGUACAUUCGUACAUACCUGUCUGCAGUCC